GCAAACGUGUCGGUGUGAUUAUUAGUCAUGCUGUUGACUCGUCGAACCAUGAGCCAAAACGUUACUGUAUUUGUAUCAUAAAGACUUUACAAUUAUAUCAAAAGUACUCUACAACACAAGAUCACUUCACUUGAUCUGCUAUGUGACAAUGGACUCAUUUAAGAUAAGCUUUGUCUUUGGUGAGUAAUGAGUAUACUGUAUACAGUUUAUACUUCGUAAUCCCAUUCUUCUGUUCCGGGUAAUUUGUAAUAUUGAAAAAUGACGAAUACCUGUAUUCCUUCCAACAGUAUUCCUGUAUAGAAUACCAGUAUUCUUUCCCGAACUAUUAACGUAAAUAGAUUUAUCUAGUUGGCAAUGUUAAAGAAUGAGGCGAAUUUCAUUGACAUUAUAAAUGCAAAAUCAAAAGACAGUUAAUUAAAGCAGGCAAAGCUAUCAUGGUUGAAUGCAUAUAUGUUGUACGGCUGUGAUUAUUAAUCAGCACACAGUCACAGAUGCGUAUACUCAGGUCACACAUGCAGUGAUAUCAGCAACAUGCAAUAUUCAUGUAAUUUUUGCUUUAAGGCUUAAAUUACAAGAAGGCAGCCGCAUGUUUGUGUUGGUAAGGCUGUUCACAUUGCCAAUUUUAGUUUGCGAAUUUCUCCUUUUGCUGGCGCACGCGUUUGAGUAUAAAUCAGUACAUGAAAUCUGAAUGCAAGGGAGAAUAUAACGUGCUCAGCAAUCUCGCAUGUAUUCGUUUGUGGGUGCACAGAACAUGCCGCCAUGCAUGUGGAUGAAUAGUCAACACAAUACAGGAAGUGGUAUCAGCAUAUACUGUGAGCUAUGCUUCUCAAAUGAGUUCCAAUUAUUUUUUUAAUUUCUCUCUGCAGAUAGGGCUAUUUAUGAUCAACCAUUCGACAUUCCUUCAUUCAAUGUUCCAUCAAGAAAAAAUGAAAACUGGAAUUGGAAAGGUAAGCGAGUUAAGAGACCUAACAAAUCAGUUAAAUAAAACACGAAAACCUAAUACACGAGCGAAAGAAUUCAGUGUUAUAUUGCAACCAGAUAAUUAUCAUGUUUACAAUUUUCGUCACAAAUAUUAUACAACCUUAUCUACUGAACUGGCUACACGUCUCGACAUUACAUAAUUUUAAAUAAGGUUAAAGGCAUGCAGUGUUGAAUCAUAGACAAUCCAGAAGACAUCCGUUUAGGCGUUUCCAGUCCCUGUCUUCUGGAUUGUCUAUGUUUACACUCAAAAAACAUUGUUGCAAAUUGUUGCAUGUAUUCAACCAUAGACAAUCCAUGUCUUCUGGAUUGUCUAUAGUGUAAUAAACAGCGUAACUGCUUUGGGAUAACCGAUAUAAUUAAAAGGAAAGAUUUGUAAAAGGCAUCUUGGCCAACUAUUCAUAUAUGUUCACAUGAACUAUUGUACAUACGAAAAUGUUUUGCGUAUUUCCGCGAAGAACCGGAAAUACCAAUCUAACAGGAAGUUGAUAGUCUCGUUAAAUUAAAAUAGAAUAAAUUUUCCAUGUCUGUAGAGGCUUAUGUAACCGGAGAAGAAGUUGGUAAAGUUAUGUAUAUAAAUCCGAGAUUGUAUUUGCCAAGGAUUUUUAUCUACUUUAGCGUUCUUGCACUAAAAUGUGCGAUUCUAUUUCUGGAAAAGGGUGUUUUUUUCAGGGAUGAACCGACGCGCCACUUUGCUGGAAAAGUAUCUUUUUGCAGGCCUGUCAAGAUUGCUCGUUAAAAAUGAGUGCGGGUCUUCACUUUUGUUUAAACGUGAAAGCGUUUUUCCGGAGUGUAAAAUACUGAAAUAUGUGUCAGUUGAAAAACGAGGCGCUACUGUAUAACCAAGUUUUUUCGUAUAAUUUCUGACCUUUUAUAGGCCGGUAUUAUAAACAGCCUUCGAGUUUCUAUUCUCGAACGGAGUGUGUCUAAAUGUAUUUAAAGUUAAAUUCUGAACCAUAUUAAGGUUAUAAUUAUUUAUAAGCGUUUAUUCUCCUGGUAUCAAGAGAAUGAUACGGUCCUGGGUUCCUUUUUGUUUUACUUAUGAAUUGACUUAGUUGUGCCACAUUUUCACAUCAGAUAGCGAGUUAAACACGAUAAGCCACUGAUGAUCAAAUACAUUUCGAGUCAGAUUUUGAAAAUCACCGAAAACUAUUUGGUGUUUGUUAUAACCCGACUAAUCAUAGUUCUAAGAAAAUAAAUAAUCUUUCUUGAAAUAAUUUAAUGAGGUUGAAUAGAAUUAAGCAACAAAUGACUGGACUUUGUCGAUCGGAACAUCUCAAACCAGAAACAUGUCAUGGGGUAACAUCACAUGUUAUGUUUGGUAACAUUAAUAAUUGUUAUAAUUAUUAAAUAUCAUUCGGCGAACCACGGGUAUUUGAGUUUAUAAACUACAUUUAAUAUCAACAAUGUGAACAGUAAAACCAUGCGGUAAAACAGUAUAUGAAAAAAUGUCGUGACCUAAAAGUACAAAGUACUUUGUCAUACGAUAUGACGUCACAGGCAGUUCUUGGUUUUCGCAUACAUUAACUAUAUUAUUGACAAUCAAUAAUAUCUAUUAAAAUUCCUAUAACCGUGCAACGAGAAAUUGCAAAAAUUUGUCGCUUUUAUUGUUUCACCUUUAUUUAUAGCAAAGUUCGGAUUUAGAUUUUCAGCAUUUUCUAGCUUUUAACUCAAUUGAAAGUUAUCCUUUCGAACUCAAUGCGUGCAUAGCCUGUCAAUUAGACAUGAUGGCCCGGCACCCCGGCGAACUUCAAAGCUACAAAAUAGAAGCCUUUGCUUGAUUUUGAUACGUCAAUCACCGUGACCGUGCACAAAUUAUUAACAUUAAGUAACUCAGAAAAAAGAUAACACAAUGACCUGUUUAAUGGUGCGUUCAUACACUGUUUAAUUUGUAAUGUUUAACAAACUUCUAAUUAUGUUUGUGAUGUUACUCUGAGUGUGCAUCCACACCGGACAAGCUGAAAAGUUAGCUUGACCACGGUGGGAAUCGAACCCGCGACCUUUGGGAUACUAGUCCAAUGCUCUUCCAACUGAGCUACGUUGUCAAGUGGGUUCGAGUUGAUGAUAUUUCGGAACUGAGGCCCGGUUUAGACGGCGAACUUUUCAUGCGCCGAAUCUAAUGCAAGGAUUAAGUGCGACGCUGGAGCGGCGUCUAAAUCAAUUAAGUUUGGCAGAUUUUGAUUAAGUUCGACACGACUCGAAGAUGGGACAAGACAAGUCGUAUAUGCGACACAGGAUCGACAUUGAUUUAGACGCCGUGCUUUUCAUGCGCCGAACCUAAUGCAUACUUAUAUUUUUUAACAUAAUGUGAUUAUCAUAUAUUUGCAUUGUAAAUAUGUCCAAUAUAGUGUCCUCGCAAUUUGGUACGGCACAAUUAAGUUCGACGUCUAAAUCAGUUUCCAAUAUUUUGCCGUAUCUACGGCAAUUAGAUUCGGCGCAUGAAAAGUUCGCCGUCUAAACCGGGCCUGAGUCUAGUUCCUUCGAUAUCAGUGUAUUCCAUGAUAUGAUUAUUUAGACUAGACUCAGUUCCGAAAUAUCAUCAACUCGAACCGACUUGACCACUAGCUCAGUAGGCAGAGCAUUGGACUAGUAUCCCAAAGGUCGCGAUUUCGAUUCCCAGCGUGGCCAAGCUAACUUUUCAGCUUGGCCGGUGUGGAUGCACACUCAGAGUAACAUCACAAACAUCAUAUUCACCUGACUACAUAACACCAACACACAAAAAAAUAAACUUCUAAUCAUUAUUUUCAUUAUUUUCGAUUUUCCUGGUCAUGUUUCCAAAGGAAACGAGCAAAAUUUUGAAGAAAUUUGUUUUGAGCUACUGAAUGCAAUAGUAGCCUGAACCAAGCCGAUGGAUUUUGAACAACGUUAAAUAAAGGUUUAUUUAAUUUAAAGCCCUUCAGGCUAACUCGUUUUCUGUUUUGCGAUCUGUUCGUCUGGUUAGAGAGUCUCGUCCGAUGAGCCAACAAACCGUUGGCGAACAUCUGCCCAAAAUCAAUUGCUUAACUCUGUACCAUAUGGAAUUUUGUGACGAACAGUUCAAGUAUUAUACUAUACCAUUAUAACUAAUAUAAUUUCCGAACGCCUACUCUGGAAGCGAAUCAAAGUCGAUUCCAGUGAUAAACCUUAAUUGGAUCACCACCGAAAUAAAAACUCUAAUUUCUAACGGCAGGCGGCAUGGGCUGUUGGCAACGACUGAUGUUGGCAACGACUUACACUCUUUGUAAGAAAGCGAAAGAAUAUUACAGCAUAAUAUUUUGACUCAGCAGCCUGAUCCUCGAAAAUGGUGGUAAGCGGUGAAGAGUAUCGCUAUCUCAUAAUGUUUGAAGGUAAAUCUUACUCAGAUGCGGACCUGGCAAAUCUCCACAAUGAUAAGUUUGUCGCUGUGGGAUCCUCUUUACCAUAUUUAGAUUGGCUCCCGCUUCCCGUUGACGGCAUUCCUGCUGAAUUCAACAUUUCUGUCGAGAACACCGAAAACGCGCUGCUGUCAUCUAAACUUCAUUCGUCCUCGGGCCCAGACGAAAUUUCCGCUUGGCUUCCGCCGAACUUUGAGCUCUAUUUUUUACGCAUCAGUUCGCGAAGGAUUUGUUCCUUCAUUGUGGAGGUCAGCAAAUAUUACACCAAUUCAGAAAUGUUCGCCUCCAAUACAUGUUGAUUCCGACUUUAGACCGAUCUCUCUCACACCGAUCAUUAGUAAGAUCCUCGAAUCAUUUCCCUUCAAAUGGCUUCUUAACUCCGUUUUUGAAAAAGUUGACUCCUUGCGAUUUUGUUCCUUAAAGGUUCAAGCACUAACAAGGCACUUGUCUGUCUGCUACACAAGUGGUAUGAAGCGGUUGACAAACUCCGGUAAUGCUAUACGGAUCUGCUUACUCGACUUUUCCAAAGCCUUCGACCAAUUAGAUCAUAAUAAUCUGCUGAACAAGUUGAAAUGCAUGGAGGUUCAUCCUGUAUUGCUCAACUGGAUUGCGAAUUGCCAAACAGAUAGACAACAGAGAACCCGUGUUGAUCACUUGCGGGAUCCGACAGGGAACUAAGCUCCUAUUUCUGAUCAUCAUUAAUGACUUCGCAGUGUCUGAUGAAACCGUUUAAUUUGUUGUUGACACAACUCUUCGGGAAUCUCCCAUUUACCAGCUACUUCUCUAGUUGCUCAGAACGGUCACUGGUCAACAACAUGAGUAAAAUGUAUGAAAGACCAAACAAUAGCGUGUCUGCUUUUCGAACCUGACCCCAUCUUACGCUCCCAUUACUAUCCAUGAUCAAGAUGUCGACGUAGUUUCUGAAGCAAACGGUGAUAUAAUUCAGACGAUCUCAAGUGGAAUGGCCACAAAGCUGCGAAAUGUUUGUAUCGUUUGAGCCUCCUUAUCAGAGUAAUGCUACCUGUUGACGUCUUGAUAUCAGUUUACUGUACCCAUAUUAGAUCUAUUGUUGAAUAUGCUUGUCAGGUGUAAUACCACAGCCUUCCCCAGUACCUCACUCAAAAUUAUCUUUCCAGGUGUUGACUAUGCCGAAUUAACGACUCUUUACGAACGUAUUGUAGAACUGUACUUUGCAAUCGGUUUUUUUUUCAAAUAUGAUGUUAUUCACCCACAAACUGAAUAUCUUUGUCCCUUCAAAACAUCUCCAAACAUACGAUUUGAUGACUCACCCCAAGCUGCUAGUGUUUAGGUGUAGAACUGAACGUUUUUCAAACAGUUUCGCCUCUGCAGCUGCCCGUGUUCAUAAUAACAAUCAAACUCUCUGUUGUUAUGGUACUUUUUAUCUCAUUACAUAAUAUUUUUACUUGUAAAUAUAGCAUAUACCAAAUAUUUUAUUCUCAUACUAUGUAAAUCCAAAGAAAUUCAGUUGUAACUGCAAUUUUGGAAAUUAAUGAUUCUUAUUAAAUCACAUAUAAUUAAUUUAUAUCGUUUCCAAGCAAGACAAAGAAGUCUGCCAUGAAAAUUUACGUGUAAAUCGGUGGUUCACUUGAAAAGACCGCAAAAUUUUAAAAGCCAAAUUAAAAUGACUUGUAGUAUAGAUUUGCAUCUUUAAUAAAAUCAGGAACCGCCCAUGCAUAUUCAAAAAUCAGGAACCGUUCAUAUUACUACCUGUACAUUCUCUUCAACUAGCAGCCAGUCUUGUUUUUUCUGUCGUCUGUUUUUUAAAUUUGAAUGUAUAAUAAAGCAAUUAUUGAAUUCAGCUUAGGCAUGAUAUAUUUAACAAUUAUUCACGGAAGUUGAGGUGAAUAGUGCAAAUCUCGUACCCAGACGAUUAAGGGAAAAUUACGCUGAGUUAAACCGCUUAAACGCGCAAGAGUGACUAGAACAAGUCCUAUAUUUAACGUCAUUCGGGGUGGAAGCAGGCUCGUAACUUGCCCGAUGGGAGGAAAAAAUUUUCAGGCAUAUCAUUUUUCACUCACUUUCGAACUAAGGUACCAUCAACCUCGCAAGCCAGGCUCUCUACUUCCGCUUCCCUCCCAACAAGUCUCUUCUGGAGCGUGUAUUAUUUACAUAUUUUUUGCCCGACGAACGUGUCGUUAAAAUUGUUAAUAUUGCCCGAAAAAAUGCCUCUUGUUAAAAUUGUUAAUCGGAAAUUGCCUCUUGUUAAAAUUGUUAAAAUUCCCCCUCCCCAGUAGUUACGGCCCUGCAUAGGUGGAUCAUUAUACGUUGACACGUCACCCACGUUACUAUAACCGAAAAGAUUUAACUCUUGCAACAUUUCUACAAUUUUGUCUCAAAAAAGAAACAUGUACACGUGCAUGGAAAAUAUUGACAUAGCAGCAAAUCGCAAAACUGUCAAUCCCACCCGUUAAUGGCUUUGCUGGUCUUCAUUAUCAUAGUCAAAUUACAUGCUUUGUUACAAAUAAUCUAACCAAGCCAUUAUUUACUUAAACUAACAGCUUUAUUAGGAACUGGUUACUUUACAAUACACACAUGAGUAACAACCGACAGUUCCCAAGCGGGAAAGUAGCGCAAGAACCCAUGCAUUUUAAUUUAAAUAAUUAAUUUAAUAAACAAUCUACAAAAUAGACAAUCCUAAAAUCUAUAUUCGUCAUAACCACAUAUUUAUGAGUACAUUUGUAUUUUUAGAUCAUUUUGAUAAAGGUUUAAGAGACGUUAAAGAAAAUAAUCUAAACCUUGCUGAACAAUCACUCAGUCGAGCUUUAAAGAUUUUGUCCGCGUUGCCAAAUUCCUCAAAAUUCAAUGGAGAGAAAGCGACAUGUUUUCAUACCAUGGCCGAGAUAUAUUUAAGCCGAGCCUCUCAACAGCUAGAUGACGACGGAUUUUGUGAUAUGAUGGUUAAAGGCAUCGCUCUGUUCGAGGCUGAGCGAAUCUACAAGUACGGCAGUUACAAAGAAGACAACGAAAUCAACACGGCCAUCUUAGAAGCAGAGGUAAAGUUUGUUCAUAGAGUAUUCGGUCCUAGUGGCGUUGAACGCUUUAAGGAAAUGAGCGAUAGAAGAAUACUGAAUCGCAAGAAAUUGGAUGAAGUUCGUUCAAAGGUCACUAACGAAUAUUUCCCCACCCUUGCCAAAUUUCCAGACUGGAACUCAGAAGACGAAGAAAGAAGAUGCCACGAAAUAGAAAGUAUGUAUAAAAAAAUUUACGAAGACAUGAAAUGCUUCCUGGUUGACAUUUUGUUUCAUUGUAGUCAAAUUGCAGGUCCAGCACCCUGCAACUUCUCCAUCAUUGGUCUAGGAUCUACAUCUAGAAAAGAAGUCACUCCCUACUCUGAUUUAGAGUUCUCAAUUCUGGUUGAUAACAACAGCAAAAACCCUUCACCAGAAAAACGGCAGUACUUCCGAUUCCUGACUUAUUUUAUUCAAAUGCAAAUUAUCAAAUUAGGGGAAACCAUUUUACCGAGUGUUGGCAUUUCUAGUUUAAAUGAUUUCUACAGCAAAAAUAAAGAAGAUGAUUGGUUUUACGAUGAUGUUAUUCCAAAGGGAUUUUCGUUCGACGGUAUGAUGCCAUGGGCGUGCAAGACACCUCUUGGAAGAAAAGAAUGGCGUGGACAACCUGCACAAGAGUACAUCAUGACAGUUGAUGAAAUGUUGAAGCUUCAAGACGUCAUUCCUGACUCUUCUAUGGACAGUCUGAAAACUGCAAAUGUUUUCAGGAGCGUGUGUCACCUUUUUGGCGACGAAAAACUUACGAUGACAUACCAGCAGAAAUUGUCAGCCCGCCUCACUCAUAUUGACAGCAUGAGAAGUUUCCGAGAACAAGUAUUGCAGAUCAUGGAAAGUUUGUUGAAGACCUAUGGCAAGGAAGGAAUGGCUACGCAACAUUUUGGAACACAGCAAGACGUGAAAAAAGAGGUCUAUAGAUUGACAAGUCUUCUGGUUGAACAAUUAUCAAAAUUUUUUUUAAUUUUCGGGCAAAGUUCGUGGCAAUGUGUACAUGAAAUGAGGAUGAAGAAGAUACUCACUGAAGAUGGGGCUAAAAAUCUACUUGCAGCAUUGAGUAUCACAACUGAACUUCGAUUAAAGUGUUACCAGAAACAAGGUAGGCAAAAGGAGGCAUUACCCACAGUUCCACAACUGUCAGUAACAGAAGACAAAAAUAUUCCAUGUCCCCUCUCAACAGCUAUCGUUCGUCUUUAUCAAAGUCUUAUACCGUUGAAAUCGGUCGUGUUUCAAAUCCUAGAAAUUUACAAGAACCAUUGUCUGACCAAACCAGAAAGGUCGGUUGUUUCAGUGCUUCAGGAAGCGAAUUUCAUGGAUGUUUCGCCAAUGACAACAGCCACAGCGUACCUACGUGUCUUACAGCUUCCUAAAGCGUUCGAUUGUUUACUUUCCGCCAAAGGUGGCAUAAUGGAUAAUGCCAGUAGGGUGAAUAUACUUCUCGUGCUCGCCAAUUGUUACCAAAUGGUCGGGAAGUUUCACGAAGCUAUAGAGUGUUGCCGUGAGGUGGAAACCUUGUGCACAGGGGCACCGGAUGUUCUUGAAACAAGCAGUUUAUUAAAUGCGUUAAAGACGACUAUGGAUAUCUAUAUGAAUCAGGGUCUCUUCCAAAAAGCUGUGCAAAUGUACAAACAAAUCGUGGAUUUUCAAGAGAGGCAGGAUUUGAACGAGAGUUUCGUUAAGAAUGAGUUGGAUUUUCUUAACAGCAGCGCUGUUCUUUUCAUGAAUAUGAAGCAGUACAAUAAAGCUGAAGCCAUACUUAGAAGUAUCAUUGAAAUGUUACGGAACCAACGGAAGCAUUAUUUCAGUUACUUUAUGUGCUUAAACAACCUUGCUGUCAUUUUACUUAACGCGGACAAGCUUACAGAAGCAAAAACUAUCUUGAACGAUGCUUUAGAGAUCGCCAGUGAACUUUAUGGGGAAAACGCUGUCCAUCCCUAUUUUGCUCGCUGUUUAACCAACCUUGGCGAGGUUCAUUACUAUCUUCAGAAUAUUGAAGAAGCAGACCGUUUGCUGCAAUUGGCGCUGAUAAUUUAUUCUCAUGUCCAUGACCAGGAGUUGAUCGAGCCGGGUAUUAUCGAGGCACUAAUUAUCAAAGCGCAAAUAUCCAGGGGUCAUGAGAAGUGGAACGAGAUGUUCAAUUCUUUGAACAAAGCGAACGAAAUUUCUAAGAUUCUGUACAAAGGCUACCCACACCCAACUGCCGCGUCUGUACUUUUUUAUCUUGGCAUUUGUGAGCAAGAACGUGGAAAGUUUUCGGAAGCCUUAAGCCAUUACCAAGAAUAUUUGAAAAUUUACGAAAAUGAAAGAAUGGAAUGUCAGCAAAGUGGUCACAGUUGCAACACUGCCAAUGUUCUUAUACGUAUUGCAAACGUGGGAAAACAUUGUUCUUAUGAUGUUUCGUAUCGUCUGUCAUGCAUCGAAAAAGCUCUGGAAAUAGAAGAAAAAUGCCACGGCAAGGAAUCUAAUCACCGCCAUUUGGCCAUAUGUUUUGGAACUCUCGGGUAUUUAUUGAUAAAAGAAAACCGUGAAUCAAAAGGGUUGGAAUAUCUCAGCAAAGCCAUGCAAAUGCUCGAAGAGAUUAACUUGGAUGACGAUAAAGUCUAUGGCCAUGCACACCUAACAAUUGGAGAACUUUUAGGGGAACAGUCUCCCAAUAAAGCUGAAAAGCACUUGAGAACUGCAGAAGCUGUUUUAAAGAAGACUUUCAAGGAUAGUAGUCACGUCGUGCUACUUCAGAUCAAUUCUUCGCUGUUAAAGAUUUUCCUACAAAGAAACAGAAUCGAGGACGGCCUCGAACUUGCAAAACAACAGCGACGCCUGAUCGACACAAUGUUGUCUAAAUCCAGUGUUCCUAACGCUGGACAGCUCUGCCAAGUUGUGUAUCUUGCCGAGUUUUAUGAAGCCAGUGGACGACGAAAUACUGCAAAGGAGAUGUAUAUUGACGUAAUCGCGCGCCUGGAGGAACAGGUCGAUCCGACUGAUUCAGAGAAAGAUUAUUUGUUGCUCCUGCUGUGGAAGAUCCAACAGCGAGUAGUAGAAAUUUUCCGAACUGAUGGAAUGUUCUGUGAUGCAGAAGCCAUGUUACAGCGCAUUGCUUCGUCAGUUAAAAAGACAACUUCGCAGCGACAAUUUGCGGAAAAAGCUCAUCAUGACACUCUAUGGAAUCUUGCAGCGGUUUUUACGCAAACGGGAAGAUACUCACAAGCAUAUGAACUGCUUGACAGUCUUAUCAACAUCUAUGAGAAAGACCCCAAAUCCAUUGAUACCCAUACAGCUUCAUGUGCUUUUCUCGUACGUGGCGAACUCAAUCGCCGAUGCUUUCGUUUCAGCCUUGCAUUGCAAGACCUGGAAAAAGCUUUGAAAAUGGCCGAAACCUUUCGAGGAACGGCGAUUCGUAAUGAUUUAUUGGCACAAGACUGUGAAACUUAUUAUGCCAAAAUCAUGAACACUAUUGGGUUAAUUUAUGAGCAAAGCAGCAACCUGGAACUUGCCCUUGAAUACUAUCUUUGCUGCAUAAAUACUGUCGCAGGAAUACCACCGAACAUGGAUACAGGAAUUUUUCACCAAAAUCUGGCGGACACACUGAAAAAGUUAGGAAGACUGGACGACGCCAUAGUGCAUUACAAGAAAUCUUUGGAAAUCAGGGAAAUGCUGCAUUCAGAAGAUCCGGUAAGAGAAGAUAUUGCCACCGUGCUUUACCAUAUUGCUCUCGUCCAGUACACUGAUAAAAGACCCAAGGACGCUUCUGAAACUUUGGAUAAACUCAUACCCUUAAGAAGAGAACUUCUUGAAAAAGGUGGUUCUUUGCAGAAUUACUGUGCCGUGUUGGUUCUAAAAGGUAAUUGCCAUAUAUUUGAACCAGGUGAAGCGCAACAAGCAAAGGACGCCUACGAAGAGGCAGGGAAAGCUUUUAAAAUAAUGACGGAAGGGCAGCCAAACCUGGAUUAUGCUGGCGCAUUAAGCAAUUUGGGUGAGUAGAAUAUACUUGAUUUUCAUAUAUAUCUUAAACUUCUUUAUAUAGUAAAUGUACCGAUAUCAAAGUCAAGAAUUUCAUGGAACAUCUGAGUCAUUUAAAUAUUUAAGUAAUGCCAUGGGCGUACCGGAAGGAAAAAAUUAGGGGGGGGCGGAAAGAAAUUUGCCCGACUUUUCGGGAUUGUGCCAGACUAGUACCUAAAAUUUUUUUCCGGAAAAAUUAUUUCGGCGACCUCCCCCCCCCCCGUCGCCAAAAUUUUUUCGGUCAGUGUACCAUUUUAGGGGUCAAGUCAAAAAAAUUUUCCGGACAUAUUAAAAUUUUUCGGAACAUCACACAAAUUAAAAAAAAAAAAUUGACUGAAUUUUCCACUAAAUUGACAGAAUUUGUCCCCAUUUAUUUUUAUUACAAACCAAAAUUGCCCGACUGUUGAUCGAAUAUUGCCCGACUGCCCAAAAACUGGGGGGCUACCCCCCCCCCCCCGCCCGCUCCCCAGCCCCCCGCCCGGUACGCCUAUGAGUAAUGCAAUGUGUCUCUUCAGGACAAAAACUUAAUCAACAACAGCAGUGAUUAUUUUAAAGUAAUUGAUGACUGCGCAAAGUGCAAAAAGGGACGACAUUUAUGCGGGCAUUAUAAAUAGGAUUAAAAUACUCAUUAAUAAUUCAUAAACCUUGUGGCAAAUCAUGUGAGCCAUAAUAUGUCACGUGGAGUGACUUUAUAUUUAAUAAAACUCAUGUGGCAUUAUAUAAUUGUUCAUCCUAAUUAGCAUGAUUAUAUAAUGGUUCAUCCUAAUUAGUACUCUUUUGUAGUUGUAUUUUAAGUUAUUCAAAACACUCGUUGUCGUGUUUUAUCAGAUAUAAAACGCUCGGCUGCGCCUCGCGUUUUAUAUCUGAUAAAACAUUCCUACUCGUGUUUUAAAUAGUACAUAAAAUACUGAGUAGGUUUGGGAGAUUGCUAAAAUUAAUCCGUAAUACAGCGCUUUUUACCAGACUUAGUUUGCCACCUUUGGAAAUAAAAUGCUUUUCAAAUUUUGGAAUAUUUUGGUUAGCAAAUUUAGUAUAUGUUAGUCAUGUUCAGUUUAGUCUGCAAACUUCCAACAAGGUAAUAUAUUAUAAAAUAUUUUAACCAUUUAAUUCCUUUGUUAAUGUGAGUUGAAUUAUUUACCAAGACUUGAUAAUUAACCUAUAUCUUUUUCAUGUCCUAAUAAAUUUGAAUCCUUAGGGCCUGUUCAUAUGGGCAAAAGUUAUCCCGGUUAACGAGAAAACUUUUCGACAAGUUUACAAGCGAGAUCUCGCCUAUUGAAAAGUUACACUGCGGUCAUAUGAGAGGAAAAGCUUUCCCUUGUACCGAGAUCUCGCUUGUUGACAGGGGAGAUCUCGGUGCCUGGGAUAAUGUUUUUCCCCAUAUGAACACAACUUUCCCGCUUAGCGGGAUAACUUUAUGUCGUGUCAGCAACUUUUGAAUUCAGUUGAUCUUCAGUGCUACGUCACAGUCCAAAACUUUACCCGGUAAGCGGGACAAAUUUUCUCCGUAUGAACAAAACAAAAGUAUUUGGCUGGUCGAAAAGUUUUCUCGUUAACCGGGAUGAUUUUGCCCAUAUAAACAAGCCCUAAAUGAGAAUAAUUUCGAUACUUACGACAGACCGUUCCAGAAAGUACUUAUGUAGUAGAGCCUCGUUUUUGCGAUUGGAAUGCUUGGGUUUAAAGUAAUGUCACGUGCACGAAAAUGAAGCUUUAUAGCCAAAAUGACGUACUUUCAGGAAGGGUGUAUUGCUUAUUUGGUCAUUUUGUACCGCAGUGAUACUGGUACAGUACCUGUCGCGAGUAAGGGUACCUCCACUCGCGCGUAGCGAGUACGCGCGAGUCAAAGCGCGAGUCAAAGCGUUAAUAUUACAGCUAAAAGCCUGUGAGUGAUCUGUAUUUAUAGCAUAAAAAUAUUCAUCUUCAUAAUUAAUAUUUAUUAUAAUUAAUAAAUAAUAACGGCUUAUUGACCGAGCGUGAGGUCUGUACUGUGAAUUAUCAGACAGAAGUCUGAUAUUUCACAGUACAUGCAGACCAAACAAGCGAGGUCAAUAAUCGGUUUAUUAUAUGGCUGAACUGAGUCUGUGAGCAUGUGCUUUUCGCGCGAAUUAAAUCGGCUAUCAUCAGUUUCACUGCGUAACAAUAUACGGUAUAGGCAUGCAUGCUCAAUCAAAAACAAUUUGGUUGUUUGAAAUUUUUAUCUGUAAAUUACAAUUGGAAAUUUAAAAAGCAAAAUUUUCUUCUGUUUGCAAAGCAAAAAUUUCCCGCCAGAUAAACGACAUCUGGGACACCGGUCCAGAUACGGAAAAUACGUACAACGUUCCGGAUAUGGUUUUUUACGGAGCACUUGUCAACCAAUCACAAUAGAGAAUUUUGAAAAGCCAUAUAAUAAUUAAUAUUAUUUUUGUUUGCUAAACUUUAUUGAGUACAAUAAUGAGUUCAACAAAUAUUCAUCUAAUCAUGCAAUUAAAAAAGUGCUGUACUCAAACGGACAAGGCACGAACUGGACGUGGAGUCCUUUUAAUUAAAGUCACGGUAUACUGUACAGAGUGUCCCAAAAAAACAGUUUCUUGCCUAAAGUAUGUUGUAAUGUUUUUGCAUGUUCACGUAUCAGAUAUAUUUUUUAUAAUUAUUAGGGUCCAACUUUAUGGCACCACACCUGAUACAGUUGGGUGUACUAAAAAUAAUUUAAUUAUACUUUUCUUGAUUCUUUCUGUGUAGGAUAUGCUUGUUUUAUCUUAAAUCAGUGGGAACAAGCAAUCCCGAAACUGCAACAAGCACUUGAAAUGAAGAGAGUUAUUUAUGAAGAAAAAGCUAAGCCAGAGCCAGAGGUGGCCUUAGCCUGCCGCUUGCUCGCCAGAGCGCUGUUUAAACAUCAAGAAUACGAGAAAGCACUGCCUUACUUCCAAGAAGCGUUGGAAUAUUUUGUGGUUAACCAGUCAGCAGAUGAUGAAACACAAUGUGUUCUUCACAUUGCUCUAUGUUACGGAGGUUUGAAGAAUCUUGUUAAUGCACUGGAAACGUUUAGAAAAGUCGAAGAAUUGUGUGUCAGAAAGUCAGUUAGCGACAGCAUACGGCUGGAUAUUCACAAAACAUUGGCAGACACUUUCACCGAGGAAGAAUAUGGAGAAAGACCUAAGGUAUUGUAUCACCUUAAAGAAGCCGAAGCUAUCUUCAAGCGAAUAAAGCGAUCCGAAACGCAGGAAGAGGAACUAAUUGAAGUGCAAGCAAAGAUCUUGAGCCUGGAAUUUUAAUGAACCACUAUACGUUCCUAUAGACGUUAUUUUGGCAACGAAAUCACCUUGGCAAUUAUAUGUAGAAAUAAUUAACACGGACACAACAGUCAAUAGUUGUUUUAGGUUUUAUCUUACCUGAAAGUAUAAUCGCGAUGUUAAUAUUAAAUUCAAGUGGGUAUAUAGGACCAGUCGAUUUGAAAAUUACAGACUUGGACGUAACUGUUGAGAUACUCCUACAAAAAUUGUAAAUUUACUGUUAAUAAACAAUCUCGAAAUAACGUUUUCAAAUUGCAAUAUUGAAAACGUUCAAUAUUGCAAUUCAAACGUUCAAAGCUCAAUAUUGAAUUGGGGGUUUAAAGAGAACAUCAAUACGAUUUUACAGAGAAGUCAUCAUCACCAUCAAUCACCGUCAACUGGCUAGUCGGCCGAUGAAAAAUAAAUUCGGAAAUCCUUGCGUGUGCGGUACCAUUCUUAGAAAUUUAUUCGGACGAUUUGAUCGGCCAAGAUCAAAUCGUUUUGAGCUUCCUCGAUUUUUAUCAGCCGGUUUGGUCCUAUCGCAACUAACCAGAAUUCCUGCCGUGAUCACAUGGUUUAUAAUAUUUCUUUAUAUGCUUUAUUUUCGCUCAAUUCAUUACCUAACAUCUUAGGCCCGGUUUAAUCGGCAAACGUUUCGUGCACCGAAUCUAAUACAGCGAUUAACGGUAGCUACGACCGAAAAGUCGCAUCUAAGUCAAUUAAAUUCGGCAUGUUUUCGUUAGGUUCGACACGGUACAAAAUACGGCAAGUCAUGUCGUACUGUGCGAUACAAGUUCGCCAUGAAUUUAGCUCUGUGCUUUUCAUGCGCCGAACCUGGUAAUGCAUAAUUGUUUUGAACCUAUAUAUACAUUAUCAUAUGAUUAUGAUAUAUUAGCAAUUUAACACUAUAAAAUUUCUGAUAUAGUGCUUUGGCGCUGCUCAAUUAAUUAAGUUCGACGUCUAAAUCAGUUACUGAACUUGUUCCGUAUUUAAUUUGAUUAAGUUCGGGCCUUUCGUACGUGUGUCGGUAUGGCGUUUACCGAGUUUACAUCGCCUGCAGGCUGCAGGUAAACCAACAUGUCAGGCGACUAAAACCGCACCUGGGCGCCAUGCUUUUGACUGGUAAGUUCCCAAUUCAAAAGUCUUGAGCUUAUGAGAUAGCUAUUUCUGAAUACUAUAAUGUGAUUAGAUUAGUACACUUAUAUAAUCCGUUAUAUUGCAUGAGUAAGAAAAUUAUACGAUUAUAUUUCUUUCAAUAAUAAAAAAUAAUGUCUAUAGCUAUAGUCUAUGUAGCCUGCUCGCAGGCCGUUGUCAGGCAGAGGCUGCAUGGG